UAGGGGGCGCUUGAAAGUGUAAACAAUCAAGAUGGCGAGCGAAAGACAUAUUCUGUAGAAUUAAAUAUUAAAAUAGGAUAAUAAUAAUAGCGAAUUAAAGUAAAAACUAAGUAAUUCGUUGGAUUUAUUUAAGUUUUAGACAAUUUUGUAAUGUUUAAAAAGAAAUCGAUCUUACCCGAAAGGCCGUCUCCUCCUUCGAUUGAAGAAAUGUUAGAAGAUUUAAGUUUCGCUAAACCCGACGACGUCUUAUUAAUCAGUCCAGAUUCAAGUUCUAAAGUUGGAAAACAUGUAGAUAAUUUAUCAUCAAAGGUUUUAGAUGAUUAUAAUCUUUCAUAUUUAAAGGUCAAAACUUUUGUAGAAUCCUGUAAUACAUUAGAGAAAAUUCUUCCCAAUUUGCAACGAGAGAAUGAACAAUUGAAAAUGUUAAAGAAUGAACUUAAUGAAGAAUUACACAACUUAAAACAGAAAGCUGCAGAUGAUGUAAAUUUAAUAAAGCCAUGAUAAAUAAUUUAUUUAUUAUACAUAAA